GGGGGCAGAGCGGCGGCGGCGCGUGAGGCCGAGGGAGGGGCGGCGGCGCGAGCGGCGGUGGCGGCGGUUCCAGCAUGAAGAGGAGAGCUGGCCUGGGGGGCAGCAUGAGGUCAGUGGUGGGCUUCUUGUCCCAGCGGGGCUUGCAUGGGGACCCCCUGCUCACUCAGGACUUUCAGAGGAGACGCCUGCGGGGCUGCAGAAACCUCUACAAGAAGGACCUUCUCGGCCACUUCGGUUGUGUCAAUGCCAUUGAAUUCUCCAACAAUGGAGGCCAGUGGCUGGUCUCAGGAGGAGAUGAUCGCCGGGUUCUGCUAUGGCACAUGGAACAAGCUAUCCACUCUAGAGUCAAGCCCAUACAGCUCAAAGGAGAGCAUCAUUCCAACAUUUUUUGCCUGGCCUUCAACAGUGGGAACACAAAAGUAUUCUCUGGAGGCAAUGAUGAGCAAGUUAUCCUCCAUGAUGUUGAAAGCAGCGAGACCUUGGAUGUGUUUGCUCAUGAAGACGCGGUAUAUGGCUUGUCAGUGAGCCCAGUGAAUGACAACAUUUUUGCGAGCUCCUCGGACGAUGGCCGGGUUCUAAUCUGGGACAUCCGGGAGUCCCCCCAUGGAGAGCCCUUCUGCCUGGCAAACUACCCAUCAGCCUUUCACAGUGUCAUGUUUAACCCUGUGGAGCCCAGGUUAUUGGCCACAGCCAAUUCAAAAGAAGGAGUGGGACUCUGGGAUAUUCGAAAACCUCAGAGCUCUCUCCUACGCUAUGGUGGCAACCUAUCCCUCCAAAGUGCCAUGAGUGUGCGAUUCAACAGCAACGGGACCCAGCUCCUGGCCUUGAGGCGCCGCCUGCCCCCUGUGCUCUAUGACAUCCACUCCCGCCUGCCUGUUUUCCAGUUUGACAAUCAGGGUUACUUCAACUCUUGCACCAUGAAAAGCUGCUGUUUUGCAGGGGAUCGCGACCAGUAUAUCCUUUCAGGCUCUGAUGACUUUAACCUGUACAUGUGGAGAAUCCCUGCAGAUCCAGAAGCAGGUGGCAUUGGUAGGGUGGUCAACGGAGCCUUCAUGGUGCUGAAAGGGCAUCGGUCUAUUGUUAACCAGGUCCGAUUUAACCCCCACACCUACAUGAUCUGCUCUUCUGGUGUAGAAAAGAUUAUCAAGAUCUGGAGCCCUUACAAGCAGCCAGGAUGUACCGGAGACUUGGACGGGCGCAUUGAGGACGAUUCCCGCUGCCUCUAUACCCACGAGGAGUAUAUCAGCCUUGUGCUGAAUAGUGGUAGCGGCCUGUCACAUGACUAUGCCAACCAGUCUGUGCAAGAAGACCCCCGGAUGAUGGCCUUCUUUGACUCCUUGGUGCGCCGCGAGAUCGAGGGCUGGAGCUCUGACUCAGACAGCGACCUUAGUGAGAGCACUAUCCUCCAGCUGCACGCAGGGGUCAGCGAGCGCUCAGGCUAUACCGACUCAGAGUCCUCAGCCUCGCCGCCCCACUCCCCUCUGCCCACAGUGGACGAGUCUGCUGACAGCGCCUUCCACCUGGGGCCCCUGCGGGUCACCACCACAAACGCAGUGGCCUCAACACCGCCACCGCCCACGUGCGAGGAUGCAGCCACUCGCCAGCAGCGCCUGUCUGCUCUGCGGCGUUACCAGGACAAACGCCUCCUGGCCCUUUCCAAUGAGUCCGAUUCUGAAGAGAACGCCUGUGAGGUUGAACUGGACACAGAUCUUUUCCCCCGGCCGCGGUCUCCUAGCCCUGAAGAUGAGUCCAGCAGCUCUAGCAGCUCCAGUAGUUCCGAGGAGGAGGAGGAGCUGAACGAACGCCGAGCGUCCACCCGGCAACGGAAUGCCAUGCGCCGCCGGCAGAAGACGCUGCGAGAGGAGAGGCCCAGCGCCCCGACCAAGCCCGCCAACACCUACAUUGGAGAAGACAACUAUGAUUACCCCCAGAUCAAAGUGGAUGACCUCUCCUCUUCCCCCGCCUCCUCCCCUGAGCGGAACACUUCCACUCUGGAGUUGCAGCCAAGCCGGGCAUCGCCAACUUCUGAGAAAGAGUCAGUUGAACGAAAGAUCUAUAAAGCUUACAAGUGGCUCCGCUACUCCUAUAUCUCCUACUCAAAUAACAAGGAUGGAGAGACCUCCCUUGUGUCUGGGGAGGCAGAUGAAGGGAGAGCAGGAACCAGCCACAAGGACAGCCCGAUCCCUUCUUCUAGUAAGGAAGCCUGUCUGAACAUGGCCAUGGCCCAGAGAGACCAGGACCUGCCUCCUGAAGGCCGCAGCAAGGACACUUUUAAAGAAGGGACUUCUGCCAGAAAUCCCAGCAGUGGCCCAGGCCAUGAGCACAGCAGCCACCCUUGGGCAGAGGUGCCAGAGGACGCCUCUCAGGACACCAACAAUGGUGGCUCUGUAGAACACUCUUUUGAAACCAAGAAGCUCAAUGGGAAGGCCCUGAGCAAGGCCCUGAGCAGCCGAGCAGAGGAGCCGCCCUCCCCUCCUGUCCCCAAGGCAUCUGGCUCCUCUCUCAGCAGCGGGUCUGGCAGCUGUCCCAGGACCCAGUCUGAUGACAGUGAGGAGAGGAGCCUCGAAACCAUCUGUGCCAACCACAACAAUGGGCGCUUACACCCCCGGGCCUCCCACCCCCACAACAAUGGGCCAAACUUUGGGGAGCUAGAGGCAGUGGCCUAUUCUUCCCCAGGACAUUUGGACACUGACCGUGAUAAUUUGCCCUUGAUGGGGACACUCCUACACAAAGAUUGUUGUGGGUCUGAAAUGGCCUGUGAGACCCCUGGUGCUGGAACAAGAGAGGACCCCACUGACCCCCCAGACACAGACAGCAGCAGGGCUGUUCAUGGCCAUAGUGGUCUCAAAAGGCACCGAGUCGAAUUGGAAGAUACAGAUUCAGAGAAUUCCUCUUCAGAGAAGAAGUUAAAAACAUGAUAAAUACAAAGGGAAACCAAAAAGCUAUGGAAAGUAGCUUUACAAAAAAAAACUUUAAUCCUGUUUAGUGAACACAGAGGAAAGGAAAAAAAGUAUUAAAGGCACAUAAAACCAGGGCCUGAAAUUUUGUGUCUGAUGCUGCUCCCUUCUAUUCAACAGUGGGUCUGAAUUAACUGCCCGUUCGGCUUGUGCUAUGUGUAAGGAAAAGGAAAAAACAUCCAAGUGACUCCUUUCUAGUGAGAAUUAAGCAGAGCAUACCUGUGCAGAUUCUGUUAGAGUAAAUCCUUAUUGAGCCAUUUGACUUUUCAUGUGUGUGUGCACUGGCUCGGGCAGGCUCAUUGUCUCAAAGACUCUUAGUACUCUAUCAGAAAGGAUCUAUGGGUCUGUAUUUUUUGCCAUCUCACCUUGUUUACAUGCCAUAGGUGUUCUGGUCUUAAUGAUGUGUUCCUGCUGAAUCAGGUUGUGCUGCCAGUAAGUUGUGGCUUUGCGCUGAAAGAGUGGGGAGGAGAAUGGAAACAGGCCUUCAGCCCAUUAGCUGUGCUGGGAAGGAAAGUAUGGGUCCAUUUUUAAUCUUCCAUGCUUUCUUUUCAUGUCAUUUCUUCAAUGAGCAUUUAAUAAAGCAGAGCAUUUUUAAUGCCAGUAAAAAGUUAGCACUUAAGAUCAGAUGCAAAAGAACAUAGGUCCCUGAUAAAUUUCACCAAUUGCAAAUUAAACAUAGGUCUCUGAUAAAUUUCACUGAUGCUGCAGCACAUACUGUAUGGAGGCCAUAAAAUAAAAUUAGUUGUGGUAACACUUUAACCAGUUAUGCACUAUUUGCUGAAAUGGACACAAAAGGCCAAAAGGCACUUCUUUGGCCCCAUAGGAUGGCUUCUAGGCAUAUUAAAAAAGGGGGAAUAAAACAGCUUAUAAGAACUUUGUGCUCAGACUACUAAAGUGGAUAUAAUAGGUGUGUUAAUGAAGUGUAGUAAAAAGAAGAGUGUUGUACUUUAUUCAUUUAAUUCAAUGCACAGUGAUUGAUCAGAAUUGAUGGGACUAGCAUAUUCCCAUAGACUGGCACCAGGCAGAGGCUGCGGUGUUUUGACUAUAUCUUGCAGAGCAGUAGGCAUCUUGAAGUAACAGACUCUUACUAAGUUGGUCUCUUCGGAGGCAGAGGGUGGGGAGAGAGGAGUCACUGGUUUAACUCCUGGCUCCUAGAAGGGAUUCUGUUUCUUUGAGGUAUAUAAAGAUUGAGAGGGGAAAAGACCCAAAAGAUUUUAAGCAUGGCAGUGGUGGAAACAAGUCAUUUGGUUCUCAAUAAGGGUUAUGCAAGGCAGGAAGACUUAUUAGAAUGACCGGAUAACUUGUUGCAUAGAUAUGGAAAGGCAGUAGAAUAUGGGCAAGAAAAGAGGAAGAGAAAGAGGGAGAAGAGCACUGUAACGUUCUUGGGUGCAAAGGUGCUAGACAGCUAGGAGCCUAGCUGGUGGCACUGGCAUAGAGAGGCCCUAAUAUGUGAUUGGUGUGUCCUCAUUGACCCAGCGCUCCUUUUUGAGAAGGACCUGUCCUACCAGAACUGAGACCGAGGGGAGACCACCUAUGGGGCAUGAAGACUUGGAUGAGUUUAGGCACUGGAGGAAGGGGGUGUUAUUUAUACAAGGAAGGUUAUUGAUCUAAGCCAAGGAGACAUCAUUUUUCCAAGUUUUGUGAAAGGAAAGAUGUAUCUGGUAUGUGUGAUGUAACUUGGGCGUGAAAACUCUGUCUUAGAAGGAGAUGAAGGAGUGUGCUUAGCAGUGGGGAUGCUUAUAAUUUAAUAAUAAUCUCACUGGGGGAUGGGAAAGUGAUUCUGUAACCAUUAGAAGUACUUUGGUUUUGUAAUCAAAAUGGUUCUAUGAUUUGUCUUUGACUAGUACUCAGAUACUUGUAAAUUCUGGUUUUAUAAGCCCAAGUUAUUUUACAUUUGCUUUCCCAAAGUUUAUUAAAUUGGAAUUUUUUAAUCCUUUAUAUUCAAAAAAAAAAGAUACGAUCAUUCAGUGUGUGUUUCUCUUCCCCUUCCCAGUCAGUAUAACCAAGCUUUUUGUUUUAUUUAAUCUAGUCAGUAGGUAGCCUCUUCUGACUUCUCUAAGGGAAAUCUACAUAUCCACAUGUCUUCCUGGAGAAAAGAAAUAAUGAAAAGUUCCUUUGAGAACUAGCCAGUUGGUAGUUACUGUUCCCAAAUGUAGAACUUUGCUUUGUCGUGUUAAAAGCCUAAAUCUUAUUUGGGUACUCGGAAGAGAAGUCAAAGUUCAUUCUGGUUCAACUUUAGUAUUCAAGAAAGAUUUUUUUCUUAGCAAGGAUGCUUUCUAUCCUGGGGGGAGACUCUUCCUAGCACCCCAGGUACAACUUGCCAGGAGAUAGGCGUCACAAAGUUCCCACAGGAGCAGGCUGAGAAAUGCUUAUCUCUGUAACCACUCCAUUCUUGUUUUCAGAAAUCUAGCUGUGAUCAUGGAUCUGGAAACCUAGCAGAAACCACUUCACAGUUCCUUUGCCUAAACCCUUGUAGAACUGAGGCCCCAAUUUUGGAGGCACAUUUAUUUCCCAAAUUUUCGGUGACAGGUAUUUGACUAGCAGAAUAGAUGGCACUGAUUAGGUAAAAAGAACUGUGCGAAAGUGCCUCUUUUUUUUUUCUGCAUCCUGUACAUAAAAUUGUAAGUGGCUGGUCCACAUAUAUAAAAUGUUCCCACUUUAUUUUCCACCUGGUUUUGUGAUUCCUGUGUCUGUCUCUAGGACAGCAGGUAAAUGAGUUAAAUGAGUAGUUGGCUUGGAGCAAACAAAGGUUGCAACUGUGCUUGAUUUACUAAGCUGGGAGGCCCUUGUUUGUCAAGGCACCUUCCUCUGUUGAAGCCUUAUCUCCUCAUGAGCCCCACCUCUCCCAGCGACACUAGCUCUUCUUUUGUGUAUAUGCAAAUAAACCUAUUAUUCACUUC